GGAAGAAGGAAGUGUCCUUUACUGACAGAAGCACCAUAUAAUCUAGGGUCAGGGCGGGAGCCUCAGCUCUGACUGUAUUUAAACUCAGGGCCCACAGCAUCCAGAAACCACUCCUCACUGCUGCGGCAGCUACCAACACAGAGAUGCUCUUCUCUGUUCUAUUUGCGUUGUGCCUAUGCAUUGUCCCUGUUCACCCCAAGCCCACUGAAUUCCUUGGCAGUCCUUUACUUAAGCAAUGUUUUGAAGAUGCAAAGAAACUUGUGGAUGAGGCGUACAAAUACUCAAGAGAAGAGAGUCUGAGCAGAGUGCGGCGGGAAGUGGUUCAGCCCCAUGAUGCACUGCGUCUCCUCAAACAACCCCGUGGAGACACACGCUCAGCUGUACGAUCUGCAGACUACCUGGACCAGACCCUCCGUCUUCUGCAGGAGAGGACACAUCAUGUUCACAAGCGCUCAUUAAAUGCAACAGAUCUGCUUACUAAGGAGGAGCUGACAAGUUUGGCUAAAAUAGCUGGUUGUGCAGCAAGGAUCCAGCUUCCCAACUGCCGAACCACACCAAAUAUCAACAAAUACCGUACCACCACCAGCGUCUGCAACAACUUGAAAAACCCCCGUCUCGGUGCCUCUAACACUCCUUUCACUCGCUGGCUUCCCGCUGAGUACGAUGACGGCAUCUCUCAACCCAAAGGAUGGAACAAUCGGACAAUUAACAACUUCCUGCUCCCACUGGUCAGACAGGUGUCCAACAACAUUUUGGCUACAACAGAUGCAGGAGUUGUCAAUGACACAGAGUAUACUCAUCUGGUCACCUUGUUUGGCCAAUGGAACGAUCAUGACUUGACUUUCACCCCAUUCUCUCCAAGCAUUCGCUCUUUUAGCAAUGGAGUCAACUGUGAUGAGAGCUGUGAGCGCACUGAGCCCUGCAUCCCUAUUCCGAUACCCCCGGGUGACCCUCGCCUGCCCACUGGAAAGGACAGCUGUAUCCCAGCCUUCAGAUCUGCUCCUGCAUGUGGAACAGGGUUCUCAGCUUAUAACUUUGGUGGGGAGUCCAACAAGAGAGAGCAGAUUAACGCACUCACUGCCUUCCUGGAUUUGGGCCAGGUGUACGGCUCUGAGGAGAAGCUGGCUCUCUUCCUACGAGACACAGAGAAUGAAGGAGGCCUGAUGCGCGUUAACACUGAAUUCAGAGACAACGGUCGAGAGCUGCUGCCUUUCACCAACCUGGAGAUGAACAUGUGUGCCACACGCAAAAGAGUCACCAAUGACACCAAUGCCACUGAGGUGCCCUGCUUCAUCGCUGGUGAUGGGCGUGUGGACGAGAACAUUGCUCUGACUUCUCUCCACACACUAUUCGUGAGGGAGCACAACCGUGUGGCUCGAGCCCUGAAGAGAAUAAACCCACAGUGGGACAGUGAGAGACUUUACCAGGAGUCCCGCAAGAUCCUAGGAGCUUAUACACAAAUAUUUGUGUUCAGGGACUACCUUCCGCACAUUGUCGGUCCAGACACUAUGCAGAGGCUCCUUGGUCAGUACCCAGGCUACAAUGCCAGAGUUGACCCCAGCAUUUCCAACGUUUUUGCCACAGCUGCUUAUCGCUUCGCACACUUAGCCAUCCAACACACGUUAGCACGCCUGGAUGCCAACUACAGAGAGCACCCUCAGUUUCCCAGUGUGCCCCUGUUCAAGGCUUUCUUCACCCCAUGGAGGAUCAUCUUUGAGGGUGGUAUUGACCCUCUGAUCCGUGGUUUAAUCAACCGUCCUGCCAAACUGAAUACUCAGGAUCACAUGCUGGUGGACGCUUUGAGGGAGAGACUGUUUCAGUUUGUUCAGCAUCUGGCUCUGGACCUGGGCUCUCUGAACAUGCAACGAGGACGCGAUCAUGGCCUGCCAGGAUACAAUGCCUGGCGCCGGUUCUGUGGUCUCUCUGCUCCCAGAAACCAGGCUGAGUUGGCUCAAGUGAUGAAGAACCCGGAGCUUGCGCGUAAGCUGCUGAGUCACUAUGGCACACCUGAAAACAUUGACGUGUGGCUGGGAGGAGUUGCUGAACCAUUUGUCACUGGAGGCCGUGUGGGUCCUCUGUUUGCAUGCCUUAUUGCAAAUCAGUUUAAGAAUAUUCGACAAGGAGACAGGUUAUGGUAUGAAAACCCUGGGGUGUUCACAGUGAGACAGAGGACUGCUCUUUCCAGGAUGACAUUCUCACGAGUCAUCUGUGAAAACACUGGGAUCACAUCCGUCCCAAAGGAUGCAUUUAGUAUCCUGUCCCGCUCCAACAGACUGGUACAAUGCUCCAGUCUGCCCUCUCUGGACCUGACAGCUUGGAGGAAGAGCUUCUCAGUGUUGGGUGGUAACUAUUUUGCUAAGAAUGCAGUGUCAGAGGACCUCCCGGACCCCCAAACCCUCGAGGAAUUUGUGGACAAUGAGAAUGCAGUGUCAGAGGACCUCCCGGACCCUCAAACCCUCGAGGAAUUUGUGGACAAUGAGAAUGCAGUGUCAGAGGACCUCCCGGACCCUCAAACCCUCGAGGAAUUUGUGGACAAUGAGGUCCCCCAGGCUUGAGUGGACCUCAAUGGUUCUGCAGAGCCUCAAGUAAUUUGUGGGAUGAUAUCUUCUGUCCAAGUACAUACUACUGCAGCUAGAGGCUGGGGAUAAUGUCAGGCUAGACUUCAGCACAAGCAAUGUAGGCCUGAGCACCAAAAGCUUCUUCUCUGGGCACCUGCUAUUCACCACAUGAUAAAGAAGUCACUGAGCCCAUCUCUGCUGCACAGCCCUGUCUGCAAGUCUGCAAAAAAUAUUCACUUCAAAUAUAAAAGUAGAUUGAAGACAUAAUAAAAUGACACCUCAUAUGUAAAAUGGUUUGGGUCUGUUACAUCACCUGGCUUUUGCAUCCAAACAAGAAUGGUGAUGAAUCUGGUAUUGUUUUUUGCACUAUAAGUGAAUGUGAUUUGAGACUGUUUCUACUGCUUUCUCUGAAUUGCUUGUUUACUGAAACUUUCAUGCUGUAUUUUCUUUCAUUAAAUAUACUAAUAUACCCCAAAUGGAAGUAAUGUCUUGAUG